CAAAAAGGAGGACAUCUGGCAUCCUUUCAGAACGAACUAGAGUUCAAUGCCGUCAAAGCGAUAACCCCGAGUGCAACUAAACAUUGGCUGGGAUACACAGAUCAGGAAAAGGAGGGAACUUGGGUUACUGCCUCCGGCAAGCGACCUUCGUUUAUGAAGUGGCACAAAGGACAACCCGACAACUUCCACGGGAUUCAGGACUGCGCUAUACUGGACAAAGCCCUGAUGGAUGAUAUGGAAUGCCACUUUGCAACCAAUUACAUCUGCCAGCUGGACAACAAAGUUUAGAAUGUACAAGUUGGCGUUGCUAUUUUCACUACUCGCUUGGAAUACGAUUGUAUCUUCAGCUGGACCACGAUCCGUGUGCCUACUGGAAGACCCGGUGCAUCAGUGUGGGGAAUUCUGUCUGACGGCGCUGAAACCCAUGUUGGAUCAUAUAAGGUUUUUGGAGGAAAACUGGACCAAAAUCGCAUCAAAACAGGACAAGCUGGAAAGUCAGCAGGCGGAGCUGUUGAGGAAACUCAUUAUAUUCGAUAAGAAAAUUGUGCCGCCCAAAUUCGAACUGAUCGGUUCGAGGUACUUCUACAUCGAGGAUGAGAUACGAAAGAACUGGUACUCUGCUGCCGAAACCUGUCGCCAAAUGGGAGCCCAACUGGCAGUCAUCCGAAGUGAAGAGGAACUGACGGCCCUCAAGGCGAAACUGCACAAGGAUCGCAUCUACUGGCUGGACAUCAAUGAUCUCGAUAAGGAGGGACAGUUCAAGUCCUCAGCCUCUGGCAAGCAAACACCUUUCUUCAAGUGGAGAGCCGGUCAACCCAACAAUUCUGACGAAAACCAGCACUGUGUUGACCUCUUGGACGGACUUAUGUACGAUAACAAAUGCGAGAAUUUGAGCUAUUUCAUUUGUCAGUCGGACAAUGACAGUUUGAAUUAAAAGUGCAGAGAAAAGCACAUUAUUAACUGAAAAUUCCCAUUAAUAAAUAAAGAUAAAUAUUAUUAGAAGAAAUUAUAA